CGCUUCGUUGAUAAAAGACUCUACGCAACACAUGCUGACGGCUUGGAAUGAGCUUCAAUACGGGGCCAAAGGGUAGACAGCGGGUCACUACAGCAUGCCUGGGCUGUCGAGACAAGAGAACGAAGUGCAAUGGCCACCCGGUACAAUGUUCUGCCUGUCAAUAUCGAAACCAGGAGUGUGUUUACUAUUUCACAGAGAACAAAAGAAAGCCGCCCAGCAAGACAUACGUCCAAGCACUCGAGGCGCGUGUAAAAGCACUGGAAAAGCAACUUGCGCUUUCGAAGCCGGACGCAGAAUUCUCCAUCUCAGCUGUACAAAAUGAACCCUCAACUUCAUCUGAAAGAUUCCCCCAAGCGCAACUCGUUGACCCAGUCGACGAGGUGACUGACACGCUUGGAGGGUUCUGUGUUGCCGACGGCGGCGAGAUACGAUAUUUUGGUUCGCGCAGCAACUUCAAUCUCAUACAAACAACCAUUUUAAGCAAGAAAUCUUCCAAGGACAUGCAGCGUGAAGGGUACAAUGCUGCCUCGAUCCAGUUGCAGCCUUUCGAAAUAUCUCAGGAUCUCCAUGAACACUUGCUACAACUGUAUUGGACUUGGCAAAACCCGUGGCAGUACUUUAUUUCCCCCACUCUAUUGACCUCGAGUCUCUUAGGGGAGCCCAUCAGUCUCUUUGGUCCAUUUCAUUCACCGCUAUUACUGGCUGCAGUAUACGCGCUUGCUUCGCGAUACUCGGACCGUCCAGAAAUUCGUACUGACCCUCAGGAUCCCAACACUGCUGGGGAAACUUUUCUGAUACAAGUGAGGAUCAUGUUACAGUAUGAAAGCGAGGCACCGACAACAAGGACUGUACAAGCUGUUCUUCUCUUGUCGUUGAUUGAAACUGCGAGAGAUAAGGAGGCUUUGGGGUUCACCUACUGCGGUAUGGCCACUCGCAUGGCACUCAAUCUUGGCCUUCAUAUUGAUUCAUCGCCGUGUGUAUCUAAAGGACUCCUCACGGCUGAGGAAUUGGAGGAUCGUCAGGUCACUUGGGGGGGUGUCUAUAUGCUCGAUAAGCUGUUCAAUAUCGGCCUAGGAAGACCCUCGAUGAUUCAGGAACGAGACGUCACCGCAAAACCGCCAGCACUAGACUCGAAAGACGAACUCCUACGAUGGUAUGGCACUAACAGAGCAACUCAACAACCGAUUGUGGUGCCUUGUCAUUAUGUGAGUAUAGCACAACACACUAGAGAACUCUUCUCGGCCGCUGCCGAGGCUCUUGAUGUCAUAUACUCCCCGAAUUAUACGACAAGAUCCAACUAUUGUGAUGAACUUGUUUCUAAGACUCAUCUUAGACUGGUGUCUUUUCACUGUUCUUUACCAUCGCAUCUACGUCUUCCCAGAACUCUAAAAGCGGAUGAAAAAACGGUGACACCUCAUGUGCUUCAAUUCCAUCUGCAAUAUCACGUCAUUUUUAUCCUUCUACAUCGGCCUUUCCUCAAAAUCGUGCGACGUCCUGGGACAACCGUUGCAGAAGGCAAUCAAGAUGCUAGCUCACAUCUUGCUUUCUGCCGGGACUCGGCUACCUGGAUAUCAAAGCUGCUUGCAUGGCAGACAAUAAUAUAUGGAAUGCGCUGCACACCAAUAUCUACGGUUCAUUGCGCAUUCACAGCUGCAGUAAUUUUUUUGACUGAUGCCGCGACAGUAACAGGAAAGGUGCAAGAAUCUGCGCUGCGAAAUUUGAAGGUUUGUGUAGAGGCUCUGGAAGAAAUGGAAAUGGUUUGGUCAUGGAGCACAAGGUCGCUACUUGCACUCUGUAACAUAGCGGAGGGAUGGAACGUUGAGACAACAGUGUUUGAUAAUCUGCGAUACCGAAAAUUAUCGCCCGGGCCUGGGUCUGGGCAAAGUGGCGAAGCCUCGGACUUUGAAGCCUUCCUAGCCGACACGGACCCCACUGGUCUCUAUCAGGACGGACUGUUCGAUUGGAACGCCAACGACUUCAUCGCUACGAGCGCCGUGGUCCCCGUGGAUUUGAAUGAUUCGGACUUUAGUGUCAAUGGCUUGCCGCCCUUUCAGAAUCUUUAUUGACAUUCGGUUGAAGCACAUCACGGGAGAGAAUGAUUGUGCUCAAAUGGUACUAUGGACCUAAUCAGCCUUGGAAUGACAUUGCCAAGUAUCAUAAGAAUGAGUGAGAUUGAUAUCAACGCGCGAUAACUACGCUUGGUGCUUGAGUCACACACCCGUAGCACCGACUUCUGUUGUGAACAGGAGUGGAUCAGAAGUACCCGGCGUGGUCCUCCCACGUCACGAGGUAGCGCUAAAGCGUAGAGAACCUGGCAGUCAUGGCGGGUAAGCAGUACCCGGAUAGCAAUUUAGCCACUAGCUCUCUUUUGGCAGAGGCUAGGCGCUCAGAAACCCCCUAGAUCCGGCCGAACUUCGUAGCGACGUUCCGCUUCAUGUGUGCUUUUUUUCGGGUUGGCGCCAUCUUCCGCAUUCAUGGCAGUAAGCCGAUACUCAACAUGGG